GAUUUUUGUAUCGGGCAUCGAAAGCCAGGUUCAUUUGGAGAUUUUUUCUAAAUACGAAGAAGAAUGCUGUAAUGCUUGACUGAUAUUCAGAGAUGGAUGACUAAAAGUUACUCAUAGCGAGGACUGCCUCCACCAGACCUUCGGAACUAAAGCUGCGGGAUGCAAUUUUAAAUCUGUGCCCAGGAAUAAUCUAACUGCAAGAAAUUGUUCGGGUAUUCCUAAUGUGACGGAAAAUGUUGAUGACAUGGAUUCCAAUCACACCAUUUCUUCUGAGGUGUUGGCGAUAACUUGAAAACUGAUCACAGUAACUUUGAGAAUACUGUCUCUUUUGUCAAGAACUUGCAGGAAGAAGGGAAAUAACUGUAGACAUUUUUUGGCACAUUGUUUUAAGACUUUCUCACACCAUUGCCAUCAAAGUUAGUGGUGAAGCAAGACUUUGAAUUCAAGGCCAGAGAUCUGGUGCCAGUAUACCAUCCUGAACCUGGUCUAUACCCUCUUUAUAUCUGGAUAAGAUGCAAAAACCUCAGAAAGGAUACAGGCCUUGAGGACAAGACGACAAUAAUAUAGGAUUAUUUCACCAUAAAUUCCCAGGAAAGAACAUUACAGGAUAGACAUUUAACCGUACAAACUUCUCAGAUCAUCAUUUGAAGAGUUUGUAACACCAUUGCUAUCAAAGUUGGUGGUGAAACAGGGAAUAAAAAACAAAGACAGACAUCUGGUAUGAUAUAUGUGUUUUCGGCAUCUGGAACCAGAUGACAACAGGAUUAUUUCACGGUGAAUUCCUAGAAGAGAACGCACUACAAUAUGGGAAAUUAUAGUACAAGAUCUUUGGUGAGGAACAUAGCCAAGGUUUAUCAGAUAAGGAUUAUACCCGUGGGAGUUACAGCAAGGUUUCAGAAGUAUCCCGACCAGCUUCCGGACCGACUACCCCUCUGUGAUACGUGUCACAUUGUUUUCCUUCACGUCUACGGUAUCAGCCAGACAUCCCACCUCCAUGACGACGAGGUCCAUCUCUGCGUGGUCGACGACCCCGACCACAUCCCUGGUCUGAUCUUCCGUUACAUUGACCAUGGAAAGACGCAGGAACUUUGCAUACCGAGUCGCGACUUUCCCAGAUUAGUCAGAAUGGAUUACAUACGUGACAGCGUCUUACGUGUUGACGCGGACUUUGGAUUACUGUUGCGCGUUUGUAUCAUAGCGGUUGAGGAAAGUAUACAAAAGCUGUCGUGGGAUGUUGAUGAUCUUGCCAAUGGGAACCACCUUGAGAAUAGGAUCGGCCACGGUGCCGAGGAUGUUAUUGAGAAUGGGGAGGAGGCUACGCCUAGCCCUCAUGAAAGCCCACAUCUUGAUAACCGUUCAAGCCCGACGCAGACGGCACGUCCAACGUCGAUUUGUCGGGUUAUGAACGCUGGCGAGGCGGCAGCGAGAUAUGGCCCGCCGAAAGAAAUAAGGGUCGAAACCCCGCAGCAAAUAAUGGAUAUACGGCGAGAUGUGGUUGAUUCAGGGGUCGUCAAAUUACCGGGUGUGCGGGACCGAAAGGGAUGCCCCGUGACAGUGAUGACCACAAACUCCCUCAUCUGGCACAAACAGGACUUCCAAUCUUCAGAGCUGACGAAAUUACUCCUAUAUUACCAGUCAUUACAUAGGGAUGAAACGAAUAAGAAAGGUAUGACAGUGGUUGUAGAUGCAAGACAGGGGGCCACGAUUCCAGUGCUCAAUUUGUUGUUAGAUACACUCUAUGCAGUUGAGACGAGUAAAAUUGGUGCUAUUUCACUGGUGCAUGUAAUUGCUGACAAGCACACACAGUCACUGCUAUUCAAGUCUCCCAGCUAUAAACCUCAUUGUGGGCCAAAGUUUGACAUGUUGUCCACAUUGGAUAAGUUACAUAAAUACAUAGACAAGAGCCAGUUACCUCGAGAGCUUGGAGGAUCCUUUCCUUAUACACAUACAACAUGGGUGCAAUUCAGACAGCAACUGGAGGCCUUCAGCCUGAACUGUCAAGUCGGUGCACGUUUCUUGGUCGGGGUCAUGCAGGAGAUGACAGACUACAGCCUCCUGCCGGCGACGGUCGAAGAGGCUAAUCAACUCUUAGAAAAACACGAGGAAUGUAUCAAGAAAGCCUUCGAUGACCCACGACUCACGGGAAUUCAGAAAGAGGCUGACGUAUUUAUGCGUUCGCUGAAAAAUUACGAGCCAGUAUUGGGAUACAGUGACGAUUUCAGAGAAUCCGUAUCAAGUGCCAAACAGUUCUAUAAGGAUGUACAGGAUACUGUGUAUAAGUUAGUUAAGCUCGCCGACACCAGGGUGCAUAAACUAGAACAGUGUCAUCAACUGAGACAAUUUGAAAUAGAUUCUAGCCUUAUUGUCAAUUGGUUGAACUCGACUGCUGAUGAAACGUUGAGGAAACACCAUAAACCAGCUGAGACGCUGAAGGGCAUCCGACUCCAACAGAAGGACUUUGACAAAUUCUACUUCUCGGCGAUGACCUACAUCGACAAAGGGAGCGAUUUACUCGAAGAAGCCAGUAUGCUGACCCAGUCGGGCACGUUCGGUGAAGCAACGGGCAUAAAGGACGUGGCAAAGACGCUGAAAAAACACAUCCAGAUGUUCACAUCGAAGCUGGAGGAGACACGUGAGAGGAUUGAAGACACCAGCAAGUGCUACAACCUAUUGGACAGGUGCUAUGAGUGGGCUUUGGAAGCCAUGAAACAUGUGACGAGCAUCAAAGUGGACAAUACGCCCACCGCCCAGCAGGUCGGGCGAUUACUGGCGAGUGCAAUUCUCUAUGCGAGAAACAACCCACCGAUCACUGCUGCGAAAUUCGACGAGAUGCUACGUCUGUCGAAAAAAGUCUCAAACAAGAUGUGCGAUCAAUGCAAAUUGGCACGCUCGAGGUGCGAGGAUACAGAGAAGUUGAUGGAGCUCCGUCUGUCGACCCUUCAAAAGGCGAAAGAACAAUUAGAGAAGGAUGAACGAAAUAAGAAACGCGAUAGUUUCGGUCGGAAAGCAAAAAAAGAACGGCGAAAACGUGAUAGUUCUGAGAAUGGCCGAGACAGGUCGAAAUCGCCGUCGCCUGGAUUCCGCUCGAAAUCACCGUCGCCAGGAUUCCGCUCGAAAUCCCCGUCGCCAGGAUUCCGCUCGAAAUCGCCAAGUGUUCCUGUCGCCCCGUUAGCAGAGUUGGACCUGGAUGAUUUGAAUAUCAAUGAGAACCAGUCCGAUGAUGAAUAUCUGACGCAGCAUUUGAAUGCCACAAGCACGCCGGUAAGCUUCCCGACUCAGAUGCGGCGCCGGUCGUAUGCGGGUGCACCAUCGGCACCGAUGUAUUCUGUGUCUGCGCCAUCUAACAAUUUCAGUUACUUGAACUCCCGGCCGAGUAGAUUAGGCAAUGUGGACGAGAAUUUAUUUCGGGAAGAAAUGAUCACGAGUGACUAUUCAGAUCGCGUGACGACGUCAAUACCGAAGGGAUUAGCGAACAAUAAAUUACGAUCUUCACACGGAAGCAUUGACGGGUCACAAGAUAGUUUGCAUAGCUCAAAAAGUAGUUUAAGUGGGUCGCAGGACAGUGUGUGCGGAUCGCAAGAGAGUCUAAACAAUUCUAAAAAGUCUGGCGAUUCUAAAAAGAGUCUACGGAAAAGCCUGAGAAAAUGUUUCCAGAACAGCCUACAGAAUCUUACACAAAAUCUCACACGGAGUCUACCCGGCUCACGUGAAGAUUUAACGAACUCAAAAGAAAAUCUCCACGACAUUCAGGCAUCUAUAAAUGACAUUAGGGCUUCUCGCGACUGCCUACGCCAGUCUUCAGAUCAGUUAAGUGUGUCACUCGAAGAUCUGUCCAAGCAAAAGAAGAGUUCCUCGUUGCCGCGGGAUACGCAACCACCCGAUGGACUCCAGCACAAGAAUCGCUUCAAGCGCUCUAAUACUGCCACGGGAAUAAACGAGAAGGCACAGGAUGAGAACGUGCCGCCAGUCAUGGCCAGGGUUCAAAGGUCAAACGGAGAACGGAAAGGAAGAUGGAGUUUGGUGUCGGGAAGUACAGAAAGUCUACCGAGUAUGCCAGAAGAAGAAGAUAGUACCGACAGCGGGAAACAAUGGAAGCCAGUUCCCGUGAACACCCAUCUGUUGAAACAGUCUAAGACGCUGAUGCAUCACAGUUCAAUGGCCGACCUAAACGUGACAGAGGCGGAAAUCAAGAGUCGUAGAAUCCUUGCUCACGUAACCGAAGAGAUGAUUCAGACCGAGCGCGACUAUGUCAACUCGCUCCUGUACAUCAUCGAGAACUACCUACCUGAGAUCCAGCGCGAAGACGUGCCGCAAGCCCUCCGGGGGAAGCGGAACAUCAUCUUUGGAAACAUCGAACGAAUCUAUGAGUUCCAUAGUCAGUAUUUCCUCCAGGAGGUGGAGCAGUGUGAGAACUCGCCAUUCCAGUUGUGUCAUAGCUUUCUGAAUCAUGAAAGCAAGUUCUAUCUGUAUGCCUUGUACAACAAGAAUAAACCCAAGUCGGAUACACUGAUGGCUGAGUGUGGUGCUGCAUUCUUUAGGGAAAAACAACGACAGCUCGGUGACAAAAUGGACUUGUCCAGUUACCUUCUGAAGCCAGUUCAGCGCAUGGGAAAGUACGCCCUGCUGCUGAAGCAAAUCAUCAAGGAAUGCCCGGAAACGGAACCGGAUUUUCAAGAUUUGAAGAAUGCCGAAGAGAUGGUGAAGUUUCAGCUGCGUCAUGGCAACGAUCUGCUGGCAAUGGAUUCAUUGAAGGAUUGUGAUGUCAAUCUCCAGGAACAGGGCCGUCUGCUCCGGCAGGAGCGGUUCCUUGUCUGGCAAGGGCGGCGAAAGUCGUUACGUCAUGUAUUCCUCUUUGAUGAUCUUAUUGUGUUCAGCAAGACAAAACACACACCGAGCGGGCAUGAUACAUACUUAUACAAGCAUAGCAUCAAGACAUCAGAUCUUGGUCUGACGGAAGAAAUAGGAGACAGCGGGUACAAAUUUGAGAUCUGGUUCCGGAAGCGUGUCAGUGGUGAAACCUACAUUCUACAGGCACCAACGAUGGAUGUAAAGAAUGCGUGGACGAAAGAAAUCUCAAAGAUUCUCUGGUCACAAGCCUGCAGAAACCGAGAGGCACGAAUGGUCGAGAUGACAUCUAUGGGCAUCGGCAACAAGCCGUGUCUAGACCUGAAGCCAAACGAGGACAGCAUCAGCGACAGGUCGAUCAACGUUAGUAAUAUAUCAAACAAAGGUCGGGCCAGAAACUCGAUCUCCGGGGUGAUGGUUGACAACACCAAGGGCGGCCAGAAGCGACCUCAUUCCAUAAUCUCUGUCAGCAGUAGCUCAUCGUCAAACAGCAGCGGCCAUUCUAGUAUGCAGUCGGCGGGGGCUGGCGGACAUCCAGGCGGCGCUAGUAACCACCCAAUCUAUUCACAGUUAGGAAUGUACAAUCUUGGCUUUGAUUCAACGCAACGACCACCGACGCAACGAUCCCAUACUUUAUCAUCUAAUGAAAGUGGUAUUGAUCCUGACAUGUCGAUUGACGAGGACAUCUUGGACCAGUAUCGACGAGGCAGCAUCGUGUCCCAGGGUGAAGGGAAUUUCUCGGUGCAGUCCAUGUCCAUGUCAUCGCCAGAGAGUCCCUGCAUGGUGCUACAGUCAAUGCCAGCCAGUAUGUCGACAGAUGUCUAGCAGAUCCGUGUCGAUUGAUUCUGCCCCCUUUAAGCUGUGGCCCUUCACGCGUCGCGUCAGUGAGGAUGAGUCUGGCGAUGACCUACUGAAUAAACUGUUUCCAUUUAUGAGACAUUCUAACGAAGAUGAUCAACGAAGUAUGGAAGAGGAACAGACAAACACUGCCAAUAAUCCGUUCUGCGUUUGGAGGCAGAAAAUUAUGGAAUUUCUCUCGGAUGAUGACAUGGAAAAACCUGAGGAAAAUAAACCAAUAUGAUGUCGGCAGGUCCUAAGACAAAGACAAAGACAAUGACUUGAAAAGAAAACCAAAGUGCCUGGUGAUGCUAAGGCCCUGGAAUUCUGUGAAAAAAUCCAGAAAUUCAUUGAAAACUCAUGAAAUCUUGACAAAACCUGGAAUAGUCCUGGAAUUCCUUGAACUAUCCUAGUAGAAUCCUGGAAGUCUUAUGGACUAAACUGUGCAUAAAUGUCAGAAGGUUUCAGGCCUGGUUCACCUAGGCUUGUAGGUCAAAAGGCUUCGACGAGAAGAUUUUGUAGAAGCUAAGAAAAUAGUGUGCACCUGCAUGGAAACAGUUGUAAAUUCCUUUUGGGAUUUGCUCCCUGAUUUUGCUGCAUUAAGUUAUAGAAUCAUCAAACGGUGUUCUCACCAGAGGGUGUCCUCACUGAUGAGUGUUGCCACUGAUGGGUGUUGCCACCGAAGGGUGUCCUCACCAACUGGUUUUGCUACCAAAGUGUAUAGUCACCAAAAAGGUGUUGGCACCAAAGGGUGUAGUCACCAAAAAGGUGUUGCCACCAAGGGUGUCAUCACCAAAAGGUGUUGUCACCAAAUGUAUAUUAAUCUGAUUAGGACAUGUUCCUAAGAUGCAGAAAAGUUUGAUGGAUUCGUACGGGCUUUGAUUAUAAGGCUUUAAUUUAAUGCCAGCAUCAUAUAUUUUUGAGUUUCAGUGUUUGAAUUGGCUUGCAGUCUCAUCCAAGAUGGCUUCUUCCCGGUAAAUCUGGGAACAUUGAGGCAUUCAAAAACUGUCCCUAAGUUGUAAAAGGGCAUUUUGUCUCCAGUUAAAAGUACAAAAUCACAAAGUGUUGGGUCAUAGUUCCUUUAUUCCUUGAAAUAGAGUGUCUCUCAAAGAGAUUGUUGGUAUGACCAAUCAGAAAGAAGCGACAAUUCCUUUCUGAGAAAAAAGAUUAUAGAUUUAUUUUGAUUGACAGCAGUUGUAUGUGUCAUGAGUAAACAAAACUAGAUCUUGAGUUGAGGCUGGACAUUCAGUGUCAAGGCCAGAGGUCAUUGUUACUUGGUGACCUCUAUCAACCUCGAUUUGAGACAGAGUGAUAAAAACAAAUAGAAUUACCAUUAUCUGAGUUGGUGGCUUGAGAGAGUGACCAAAUGUUGUCGUUUAUUUUUUCCUGUACAAAGUGCCCCAGAAUAUAUUCGGCCUAAGAGAAGAUAUACUGGUCUGUUUACCAUUCAUUUCUAGGCAGUAAUGCCGGUUCUGUUCUGACACUUCAAUUUUCUAAGCUUGAACGUUUGAUUUUGUAUUGAGCUGAAAGUAGCUCAAAGUUUUUCAAUGAAAUUACCCUACCAACCAGAGAUUGGAGGAACGUUUCUGACUGCUACCCUUCUUUUAGGCUGACCUCAAUUCCAAUUAAGGCUUUGGUAUGCUUGGCCUGGAUAUUGCCUUUGGUGAUCUACCGGCCUCUUUUAGAUCCUACCAAGUGAUGACUACAGGUAGCUUUCUAAGAUAUAGCACCAAAAUACACAGCAUGUGCUAUGCGACUCUCUGCCUGUCAGGCCCUGGUAGAAAAUGAUAGGUUUACAUCCAGCUUUUCUAGUGGUAGCCCCAGUCCUGGUUUAAGCAUUGCCUUGGCACAACUGGAACAAGGGAUAAUAAUCUGGGACACUUUCUAUUGAUAUCAUAUAUUCCUUUUUAUUGUCAUUUUUGAUUUUGUUUGAAAUCUUUGUCCUCUUUGAUUGAGAUGCUUUGGUGUGCCUGUGACUGCUCCAAAAAUGUCCCGAAAUCUCAAGGUCUCUUGGAAAUGUUUUUUGGCAAUUCUGACAUUGUUUUCUUUCCGUUGAUAGCUCGGCAUACUCCUGGCAUCUUAAUCAAAGACAAUUAGAAGAAACCUUCAAAAGCCUGCCCGAAUAAACCUUAUCAUUUUUUUGAGGAGCCCUGUAUACAUUGAAGAAAUUGGGGUCGUCUCAAUUUUCUUCAAAUAGUUCGGCUCAGUUGCAAGUGUACUAUUAUUUUUCCCCGUUUGUUUCAAGUUUUCUUAAGCGAAAUGAUGUUUUACUGUAAAUGUCGACAAUAUAUGCUUGUUGAAGGUUUCUUCCAAAUAUGAGAUUGACUACAAAUUGUAUUGCCUAGAUUUUAAUCAGCAUGUGAACUGCCAAUGAACCCAAUUCUAUUUUUGACAAGGCCCCAACUUAAAUCUAAAUAUAAAAUGGGGGAAUGGGUAUUGGCAGUCUAAAUUUUGAUAGUUUGCCAUCAAUAUCAGUUAUCCAAACGUCACAAUGAUUUUUUUGACGAAACAAUCGGCAGUCAUGACAAAUUCUGUAAAUUGUUGUGUUGCAUAAUAAUUUCUUUAAAAAAAAACCUCAGGUUGCUUCUGUUUCGUUAGUUAUUAUGAAAAUUGGUGUUUUUUAAAAAAUUCCAGAACAGGGAUGCUUUAUUGUAUUUCAUCUAGCAAAAUCAUGGCUACGUUUUAAUUUUUUUCUCUAAUUAUUUUAUUCGAUUAUAACUUGUUGGAAUCGUAAUUGACUGAAGUUUCAAUCAUGUUUAAUGCAUCGUUCAAAUUGUAAUUUUUUUUUUCUGGAUCAGCACUUUUAGUGGUAAGAGUUCCGUUGUGAAGAAGCAAAAUGGCCGACAUAUGGGGUCAGCACGUGUUGAUAUUUACGUGACUGUGCAGCGUGACUUCCAACAGAAGCUGACCCUUCUCCAUCUUCGUUAAGAAUUUUUAAGAUGCACGCUAGACAGUCGGUCCAUUUCUGGAAACGAAGUCGGCUGUCUCAGAGAGAUUGAGCUGAGCUUAUCAGUUGGCAAUUUUAUUUCUCGGAAGAGAAUUUCACCACUAGGGACACUAAUCAAGAAAGAGGCAUAAAACUAUUGGCUUGAAGGCAAAAUUUGUUUGGUUUAUUAGGACAAGGCGUUCAUUGUCGUGAUUGUUUGGAUAAUUGUGCAGUGAUGUUCUGGUAAAUGUAUUGUGUUUGUUCAAAGUUUAAAAUUUGUUACAAUAAUUACAAGAAGACAGAAACCAAAAAGUGCCGAGUACCGUUUGUGACAAAGUUUGGUGUCUGAAACGAGUGCCGGUACCCAAAAUUGGAAAAUCCUGACAGAAUUAUGAAGUUUCUACGCAAGUGGGUUAUCGGUCCAGUUGAGACAGAAUUUGGUCCAACAUGUUUUUAAAAUAUGUACGUAUAUUCACUGUUUCAAAAACUGACCAACACACAAUCAUGUGUGAGGUGUGAUCACUUUUGACAAAAGGUUAUCACUCCUCGGCGUAAUUUGCAUAUGAUUUACAUAAUUGGUAAAUUUGCAUAAUUGAUUGUGUAUUUGCAUGUUGAUGUGAUCGAGCUUACAGCGUAACCGUUUGAAGAAUUCCGAUUUUUGUUGUGUAGUUUUUCGCGGGGAACGUUGCCGCUCUGUGUUGAUCAAACCUGGGACCCGUCAGUCAAGUCUUCGAAGUCUUCCUGUUUUCAAUAUCGCAACCUUGGAACCAAUAGUCUAAUUUUAAAUUCAUUAAAACAUAGGUGGUUGUAACUGUGUUGAUAAAACUUAACACUGUUUCUCAAUUAUUUCUGACAUUUCCACCAAAUUUACGUUCCUUAAUGUUCUCUUCUUUAUUUCUUACACCUUCAUGGCGUACCCUUGUUUGGAAUCAAAUUCCAAUUUGAAAUAAAUUAGUCUACAUUUGCUCGAUGAGAUAUGAAGACAGGAGUUGUAAAUACUAAAGAAUAAAUAAUGAUGAGAAUUGUUCACAGAAAUUACUCGCAUUAUUUACUCUUUUUGUAAAUAAUCAUAACGUGGAUGUAUCACCAUUUUGAUACAUGCUUGUCAAGUGUAAAUGGCUCAGUAAAUAACCUAGGAGAGAAUGGUCUGUUGACGUCGUCACAAAAGAGACGAUAUUGUGGACGUCAAAUUUGCAUUAUUGAAACAUGUGGCCUAUUUUCUCGUCCGUGCAACAGUUGCAGUGGCAGAAAGUGAUGUGUGGUGACGUCAACCAAGGCGUUAUCAAAGUACGCCCUUAGUAAGUGACGUAAGCAUAGUCAAGGUCAUGAAACGACGUCAAAACUGGAUGCCAAUGACGUCGCUGGACGUCCUUCGUAUGUCACUCUAUGUAAAUUUUGUACUUGUGCAUUACUUUCAAAAGAUCGCUGUAUAUCAUUGGUGGUCGUUUGUUAUGUGCUAUGUUUGAGUUGCCGAAAAAGACGAGCAGAAAUAGUUUGUAUUUUGUAUGUGAGAGGUCGUUGUUGUUUUGUACACGAAAACUAAAUGCGAGUGCAAAAUAUGCCAUGCACACUGAGAAGUGUUCAGCCUUGUUAAUUUCAUUAAGGCGAGUUACCAAUAUGCGAUUAAAAAAUGCAUCACUGCUGUUGUCUGUGGUCAUGUAGUGACCAACUGAAUUAUACAGGAGUAGUUGUUGCCAUCAGAUCUGAUUAAACCCACAUUGUAUAAUAAGACCAUAUGGCACCAUCUUCACGCACAAGGCUCAGAGAUUGCUUCCUCUUUUGAUCUGUGUCUGUUGUGGGUUAUUGGACUUUUUGGGGUUGUGCCAGGUGCAGAUGUUCACCAUCAACAGUUGCAUUUCUCCUGGGUUGUAGGUCAGCUUCAUCUGUUGUACAUGGUCGCAGCAUAACAAGUGGAGAGUUUGGCUCCGAAAGGCAAAAAAAUCCAUCUUUGCCCAGAAAUGUAAUAAGAUCACAUAGGCUAAAGGCUUGGGAAGUUACAUUUGGAUUCAAAUUGAUUGCCUGAACAUUUCAUUAUUAGCACAACACCAUCGGGGAAAAAUCGGAAAUGGUGAUUUGGUGCCAACUUUGUACGAAUAGCACCUCUCGUUCAACGUUUGCGUUUUGGCGACUAACUCUGCACAAAUGACACCUCUCAUUCAGCAUCUGCGUUUAUUUCAAUGCUGUAGAUAAAUAUGGUAUGGGCAUUUAUCAUAAUCCGGCAUUCAUUAUUGUAAAUUCAACUACUUAACAUGCCAUUUCAUUAUGUACAGUUCUUGUAUGGUAAAUUUAAUAAGUUGAGCACUUUCAUCAUAUAUUGAAUUACUGUUGCUUAGCACUCUUUACAGAACAAUUUCAAACUGUUUGUACUGUCAACAUUGAUAUAAGUGGCUGACACAGGAAGGCUCGAUUUAAAUGGUCAGGCGGAGGAGGCACUGGGUAAAUAGGUCCAGCAAGUGUUUUAAUUUGAGGGUAGACUUGACUUAUAAAACCGCUGUGACAAGGACCUGAAAUAAAACCCGGCUUCCCUUGGCAGCCACUGUUCCAAUGUCUGCAGUAUUUGCACAAUUUAUAAUUGGAAGGUGAACUCUUGAAUUCUACAAUUUUUCUUUGAAAUAUGGACAGGAGACCAAAAUUUGGGUCUACUUGAAAUAAGGUCACUUUUCUUUGUUGGACUAGCACCAAGUUGUGUUUUCAUGCAGACGAUGCUUUAUUGUGUUUCAGUUCUUUCAAUGUAUGAUGAAAAGUGUCUGCUAGGUUUUUACUUGAGUCAUGUUACAGAAUCAUGUAAGUGUAUAGAGUAUUUAUAAAUAUCACAUUUCAAAUAAAAGAUGAAAAGUAUCGUA